GGGGCGAGGCGGGGCGUGGCGGUGCGGAGCGUGGCGGAGCGGGGCGGGGCGGGGCGCGGGCCGAGUGUAGUCAAGUCGGUCGUGUCGCCGUCUCAGUCUCCCGGUCCCCGCGAGCCAGUGAGCACGAGAGGUGGCACGAGAUGGGCGCCAUUCUGAGUUACUUGUGGUCGCCGAGCCUCAGCACCGAGGUGGACCCGGCUACGGGGCUGAGCCCGCGUGACAAGCACCUGGUGAGGACGACCUGGGCCAUUGUGAAGAAGGACGCUUCCAGCAACGGCCUUUACCUCUUUCAACUACUCUUCACCAAGCACACGGACGUCAGGGACAUGUUCCCGUUCGCGCGCGGAAAGGAGGCCGCCGAGUACCGGGACGACCCGCGCAUGCGCGCGCACGCCAACGCCGUCAUGUACGCCCUCACCUCGUACAUCGACCAGCUCGACGACGUGCCCUGCCUGGACGCCAUGGUGCGCAAGCUGGCCGACAGUCACCUCAAGAGGCACGUCACCCCGGAGCACUUCAAGGCGCUGGGAGCCGUGGUGAUGCAGGCCCUCCAGGACCUGCUCGGCGCCAGCGUCAUGACCCCCGACGCCGUGACCGCCUGGACCAGGACCUACGGGCUGGUGCUGCAGGUCGUCACGGACCAGAUGGGCAAGGCGCAGUCAUAGCCUGCGCCCCCCGAGCGCGUGUGGUGGAGAGAGAGAGAAACGGUGUGUUUGUGCGAGUGAGCGUGUGUGAAUGAGCGUGUAAACGGUGUG